AUGAAGCUUGAUGACGAUCUUGGUCCUGACCGUGAAGAUCAUUUUCAAACGGAUGAUGAAGAAAAUCAAGCAGAUAGAGAUUUUGAAAAUGAUGAUGAUGACGACGACGACGAUACCGAUUCAGAUAAAAAUUCUCCUCAUUCUAAUGAGGUUCAUUUUAAUACCACAUGGCCUCAAACCUAUAGGACAUCAAUGGACAUGUUAACAAGUGUAAGUUUGAGUUUGACACCAACUGGAAUUAGUUUCCUAAAGAAAAUUGGUACAACAGGAAAGAAUAGUUUUAUCUCUAAGGAAAAUCAAGAUGAUUCCAAUUCUUGGACAAUACCUCUUAUUGCUGAAGAGGAAACUCCAAUCAAACAAGAGCAGUCAACUUCAACAUCUCCUGUUAUUUCUGACAUCAAACUUGUCAGCACUCCAAAAAUCUCUGCCAUUGAAAUUCCACCACAACAGAGACAAUGUUCCUUUGUUCAAUCAGUAAUUAAUGGGACGAAUAUAUUAUGUGGGAUAGGACUUAUGACCAUUCCAUAUGCAGUAAAAGAAGGAGGGUUGUUGAGUCUUUCAUUACUGUUAAUGUUUGCUCUUAUUUGUUGUUAUACUGGGAUUUUAUUGAAGAGAUGUUUGGAAUGCUACCCUGGAAUCAGCAGUUAUCCAGAUAUUGGCCACGCUGCUUUUGGAAUCGUUGGUCGCUUGGGGAUUGCGAUCAUUUUAUACAUGGAACUAUUUGCUUCUUCUGUGGAGUUUUUAAUACUAGUAAGUGAUAACCUCUCAUCACUUUUCCCCAACACCAGUAUGACUUUAGCCGGUAUAGAACUUGGUUCACAUCAAGUUUUUGCCAUCACUGCAGCUGUUCUUGUUUUACCAACAGUUUGGUUGAAAAAUCUAAGCCUACUUUCAUAUAUUUCAGUUGGAGGAAUAUUUGCAACAAUACUUGUAUCACUUUGCUUGUUUUGGGUUGGUGCAAUAGACCAAGUUGGAUAUAUUAAUCAAGAAUAUAAAUUCCUAGACAUCGAAAACAUAUCCGUAUCAAUUGGUCUCUUUGGUUUUGGAUUUGCUGGCCAUGCUGUUUUUCCAAAUAUCUAUUCAUCUAUGAAGGAACCAUCCAAAUUCCCAUUAGUUCUAUAUAUCAGUUUUGCUUUCUGUCUUGUAAUGUACCUCAGUGUAGGAAUAGUUGGCUAUAUAAUGUUUGGCGAAAAUAUUAAAUCUCAGUUUACUUUAAACAUGCCGAAAGAAUUAUAUGCAUCCAAGAUAGCAAUUUGGACAACUGUUGUGACUCCUCUUGCAAAGUAUGCUUUAACAUUAUUGCCUAUUGCAUCAAGCAUUGAGGAACUUGUCCCUUCUAGGCUAAGAUGUUAUGCUAUGUCUAUUGUUAUCAGAACAAUUUUGGUGAUUUCAUGUUUAGUUGUGGCUCUCUCUUUUCCAUAUUUUGGUUCUGUGAUGGCACUAAUUGGUUCUAUGAUGUCAAUGCUAGUUGCUCUUAUUUAUCCUUGUGCAUGUUAUCUCAAGCUACAGAGUGGCAGAUUAUCAAAUAUGCAGAUAAUAAAUUGCAUUUUGGUUAUUAUUGUGGGGGUGAUAUGCGCUAUGAUAGGAACAUACUCAGCUACUACAAGAAUAUCUAGUGGUGGAGACUAA